GAUUGUUCGAAACUGUUCAAGAUUUAGGUGUCCAGGCUUGUGCUAAUUGACUCUCUAUAUGGUAUGGUAGCAUGUUUUGCACUUUUGUUACAAGUGAAAAAUGUUGGGAGAUAUGAGGAUCAUGUCUUGGCAGUGAUUGCAGUGAUAGCAUGUUUUGACAAGAAAUCUUGAUGCCAAAAUGUUUCAGUUUCCAGUGUAGAUGAAUGGUGUUAUAGAGGAAGUUAAUCCGAAUGUUUGCUCGGGGUUACUUGGCCAGACGUACAUCAUCUGUUGCCUGAAAGCCUGAAACUGGCUCUGAAGCCUCAAAACUCAAUUCAUAUGAAUAAUUGGCAAGAGUAGAAAGGAUUUGGAUGACUCAACAUUUCAAUCUUGUUAGCCUUUUCAUCUUUGCUAAUCCGAAAUGUGUGAUAUUGAUGCUAAUUCUGUGGAGCAGGAGAAACUAUCACAAGCAAAGGUUGUGGUAAAGGUGGAAUCCAAGCAGGACAACCUAGGUAUAAACUGGAGUCAGCUCAUGAACAGGAUUUUUCAUAGAGAAGGAAGGGAAAUAUGUUCGGAACAUGUGAACCACCAGACACAUCCCAUCACUGAAGUCAGAAGGCAUCAUAGGCUUGCUUCUGAUGAGGCAAACCAUCUUGAUGCCUAUUCAGAAUAUCGAUCGGUGAUUGGAGAUGGGGAGUGUUUCUACAGGAGCUUCAUAUUUUCGUACCUUGAGCAAGUUAUUGAUAGGCAGGACACACAUGAGGAACAUCGUCUCCUUCGUGUUGUUGAAAGAAUGUCCAUGCAACAUGCAAAUCUUCGAUGGAACUCUGACUUUAUCAGGAGCAGCAAAGCAUUUAAGAAUCUGAUCAAGAAAAUAAUGAGACGGAAACACGGCAGAGAUUCAACUAGCAGCUACCGUAAAGAGAAACUUCUCAAGUUCUUCAGCAAGUAUGAUACGACGCUAGACAUUUUCAUUUUCCUCAGAUUAGUAGUAGCUAUCCAGAUAUGCUCGCACAGGGAGGUGUAUGAACCGCUUAUACCAGGGCUCAGAGGAAAUUACAAUCUGGAAGAUUGGUGCUUGCAGCGCGUCACUCCAGCUCGUCAGUUGACAGAUCAUGUUAUGAUGGAGGCCUUGGCCAGAGCGCUUGAGGUACCCCUCAGAGUGGAGCGAGUCCGAGGAGGAUAUGAUCCAGAUAUCUACACUGGUCCUGGAGUUCCCCGUCCAAGAGUGACCUUGUUGUACUCGGCAAAUCACUACGAAAUCAUCUACCCACGCGCUCCUUCUGAUGAGAGUUCGAGUCAUCAGGCUUCCCAGAGAGAAGAUCUUGCUGAUGAGAGUUCAAGCCAACAGACUUCCCAGAGAGAAGAUCCUGCUGAUGAGAGUUCAAGUCACCAGGCUUCCCAGAGAGAAGAUCCUUCUGCUGAGAGUUCAAGUCAUCAGGCUUCCCAGAGAGAAGAUCCUGCUGAUGAGAGUCCAAGUCAUCAGGCUCCCCAGAGAGAAGAUCCUGCUGAUGAGAGUUGAAGUGAAUAGAUUCCGCUGGAUUAAUUCUGAGUACUUGAGUUGGGCUGCUGCCUAUGAAUGAGAGUGUUUCCGAGAUUAGGGGUAGGCAUGUCAUGCUCCAGAUAUCUACAUGCAGUGAUGAAGUUGGGGGUAGGCAUAGCAUGUACACUUGUGCUUUCUUCUUUGAUAGGAAGGAAAACUUGUGUUGUGGUUUUAAUUGUUAGCUGGUAUAGCAUACGUUGAAUCUUGUGUGAUCACAUUGAACUUGUUAAUUGCCGGCUGGUGUAUAAUUGAUCCCCCACACAGAAAUCCAACAGAUUUUGCUAGGUUAUAAUGUUGAGUUGGGCUACUGCCUGCAUAUGAAUGAAUACAGUAAUGAAGCACAGAUACUUGUGCAUUCUUGCUUGUGUUGGCAAAAAUA